AUGGAGUUUGAUCCAUGUUUCAGAGAAGAUCAUGUACAUCAGCCAGUUCUUCUCCCCAACAACUACAUAAAACCCGAAAUCGAUCACGAUUUCUCGCUAGAUAUUUGCUCACCCAAAGGCUUCUUCCAAGAUAAUUGUCAAGUUCUUGAUCAGUUAUCAUUCAGUGGAACAUCAUUUUAUAAUUUCUCCAACAAAAUUUGUGCCCCUAAUGGUUUUUGUGAGCCUUAUGAUCCUUUUCUCUUUGCUUCUGCAAAGAAUUUCGAUUUUUACGAUCAGCCUAAACCAUUUGAAGAGAAUGGCAGCAGCUCAUUUUUGCAAAAUAGUUCUUAUUUACAUGUUGAUGGUUUGUUCAACACUUAUAAGGCAAGUCCAGAGCUUUUGAAUGCCUCCAAUUACCCGAAUUCUGCGAAAAUGCCAGGGGUGGUGCCAGAUGAAGGUUCAUGUGUAACAACUGAAAACAAAAUACUUGGAACCAAGAAGCAUUUUGGUAAGAAAUAUAGUGCUUCUUCUUCUACUUCUACAAAGCCAAGCAAAAUUAAGAAAAAGCUCAAGUCAUCCAAGGGUCAAUGGACAGCUGAAGAAGAUAGGCUGUUAACUCACAUGGUGAAAAAGUAUGGAGUGAGGAAAUGGUCUCAUAUAGCGACGAUGCUGAAAGGAAGGAUUGGAAAACAGUGCAGAGAGAGAUGGCACAAUCAUCUAAGACCUGACAUUAAGAAAGAUUUGUGGAGUGAAGAUGAGGAUAGAAUUCUAGUUGAGGCCCAUGCAAAAGUUGGAAACAAAUGGGCUGAUAUCGCCAAAAGAUUGCCAGGAAGGACUGAGAACUCCAUUAAAAACCACUGGAAUGCUACCAAGAGAAGGCAAUAUUCUAGACGUAAAUGUCGCACAAAAUGGCCAAGACCUAGCUCCAUUUUGCAAAACUACAUAAGGAGUUUGAACUUGGACACUGCCAAACCAAGCAAUUAUCGCAAGAAAUCCGCUACUGCAACUACACCAAACCUAAACAUCCCUGCAAUGAAAACACAAAAUCUCCAGGAGACGAAAGAGUUCUGCCCCAGCUAUAGUGAUGGUUUGAAGGAGCUAUGUGAGUUUGAUUUUGUGGAAAAUCCUUUUGAAGGUGUUAGUAUCGAUGCUCUUCUUGAUGAUCUGCCAACCAUCGAGGCUCCAAUAGUUCUUGAGGAUAAUUGCUUUAAUAUGGAUGUGAAUUUACAUGAUCAAGUGCCUUCAUUGAUGCAAGUGAAGAAAGAUCUUGAUUUGAUGGAGAUGAUUUCAGAAAUCAAUAUCUAAGCAUAUCAGUUCUGCAUAUUUACUUUCUCUCAGAUUGUUAGUGAAUUAAGUGGAGCUGUAGAGAAAAAUAAAUCUUCUGCGGUUGGGUUGGAUUUGAGCAACUCAACUGUGCUGAUUCUAAUACUUAA